AUGAGCGAAGUACUGCCUCAAGAUGUUUUGACUGUUCGGUGUAAAAUGUGGAAUGCAGGGAAAGCAACCUACAGCUUGGUAAAAGAGCAAUACUUUGCACAAACUCUCCUAGAUGUGAAAAGUAUGUAUUUCAUCGCAGUUGUUAAAAAGUUUGAAGACUUAAUACCCGGAUUACAGACAAUCGCCCAUAUUAAAUCGGCAUCGGUGGAAGAGUCAACAUUCUCUAUGAAUGUAUGCCUCUCCGAUGAUGGAAAUCUUCAUGUUAUCAUCCCAAUCGAGGGAAAUUAUAUAGAUCUUUGUCACUGCAAAAUAUUUGUUUUAGAUACUUCGGGAAAAUGGCAGAAAUGUAGUCAAGAUGACAUAUGGAGGAAAUAUGGAGAGAUUUGUGAAUUUGUAUUAUCUCUCAAGUAUGAAACACUCAUGGAUAAGCAGAGUUAUUUACAGAAAGGCACAUUGACCCUUAAAUUCGAGAUGAUCUACACUACUGAAGCAGAACCACAGAGAACUGAGACUAUCGAAUGCGGACUUCAUUCUCCAGAAAUCUUGCAAAAAAUGCCUUCUGAUGUUAAGAAUCCACCAGCUCCAAAAAUUAAAGAGAUUAAUUUGAAAUCUCCAACCACUUUGAUAGAUGACCUUGUAUCCCUGUACAUGGAAGGAACCCUGUGCGACACUAAACUCCGCACAGAAACAGAAGCGUUUCCAGCCCACCGAGCAGUUCUGAGUGCCAGAUCUCCUGUCUUCAAGAAGAUGUUCACAAUUGAUAUGAGAGAGAAGACAAGAGAUAGUGUUGAUAUUCCAGAUUUAAAAGCCGAUACUGUCCGUAAGUUGUUGAUGUUCAUGUAUACGGAUACAGUGGAAGAUAUGGACUGGGAAACUGCUAAGGAAUUAUAUUUUGCUGCAGAUAAAUAUGAGAUUGUUUCGCUUAAAAAUAAAUGCUCUAGUUUUUUAAAAUUAAAUAUUCAACCAUCGAAUUGCUGCGACAUUUUGCUUUUGUCAGAUACUCACCAAGAUGCGGAUUUGAAGCGAUUUGUGGAAGAUUAUGUCGUUGCCCGGGACCAGGAUGUGUUUGGAUCUAAAGAAUGGAAAAUUUUCAUGGGAAAUCACCUGCAAUUAGCAGCUGAUACAAUGUGCCUAAAAUAUGCUAGAAAAUAA